AUUCAUGUUUUCUGUAUUGCAGCAUUGUUUGCAUUGCCACGUGUGGCAAGGAUAGUCCAUUUCAGUAGUCCUCCUGUGAACUUGCAAAGAACAAAAUAUGUGCCAUGGUUACGAUUGCUCCUGUGUUCUCGCGCAUUUCUUACUGUUUUUGUUUGUUUAGCCAUCUCGAACUAAAAUAGUUGGGUGUUUUAGCAAACUUAUUCAACUUGCGCGCUGUUGUUGCUAAAUCGUUUUAACAACAACACAUCAAUUAAAGCACACAACUACACUAGCAAGGAAACAGCCUCGACCGGUCGGACCUGUUUCCUAACGUCGUUGUGAAAGAUUUGGAGUGACUCGCACGGACUGAAAUAAGUGAUUUUGCAGUGUAGGGUAUCGCUCUGUACGCAACGCCCCGAACGACUGACGAAUGCCCCCCUGAUUCCUGCCCGGUUCAAGUGAAAGAAGACAUUAUCAUCGCGGUUACUCCAAGAUUCGAGGCACAGUGUGAAGCUAACCAUGAAUCAUAUUCUGUCCAAACAGCAGGAAUACGCGUAGGACUAAUCCGACCCUGUGGCUUGUAGUAGUUAAGUCCAACGUUUGAUUUGUUUUUAUUCUGGCUUCGGUGCUGAAGUAAGUAGUCUAACCCUACGUAGUGGACUACGAUGGAAGUGGGACGGAGAUUUAAACCGCUGCGUCUUUUUGGUUAGGCAUUUCCAAGCUGGUCAAAUGGACACGAUGUUGCUGGCUUCUGCCGUGGUCGUGUGGGAAUGGCUCAACGAACACGGACGGUGGCGGCCCUACAGUCCAGCCGUGUCUCACCACAUCGAGGCGGUGAUAAGAAGCGAUCCUCGGGGCGGCAGCGUUGUGUUAGGCCAGGUCGACAACCGCCUUUCGCCGUACAUCAUAGAUCUACAAUCUAUGCAUCAGUUCCGACAGGACACUGGUACGUUGAGACCGGUACGACGCAGUUUCUACGACCCCACAUCUGCCCCUGGUCAGGGUUGGUUGUGGGAGUGGGAAAACGACACGGGGUCCUGGACAACAUACGACAUGGAAGUCGGCAUCGCCAUCCAGGCGUCUCGAGAUCGCAACCAGCCCUGGCUGGACCUAGCGCCGCUCGGGUUUUGCUACCUCAUCGAUUUCCAGAGCAUGACGCAGAUAAACCGGCAAACGCAACGAUGCAGACGGAUCCAGCGGCGCUCAGACAUGGCCUACCCGCUCGUGUCUGGCCCGCUCCCCAAGUCGACACAGGGAGGCUGGGCAACGUCUGGUACGGGGGGAGGCAGCAGCGGAGGAGGAGGAGGAGGUGAAAACACAACAGCAGGUGGUGGUGGGACUGGGGGUCCAGCAGCAGGGGGGCUAGGUGGUGGGGGCUCCACCGGGAUGCUGUUAGGUGUUGGGGUGUCAGGUCUAACGUCAUCAUCCGGCGGAGGAGGAAACAGCGGUGAUAGCAGCAGUAAUGGAAGUAUUGUUUACCCCAGCAGCACGGUCUCCAUGUCCUCCCUAGCAUCAAUAGGACAGCCGUGUGCCUGUCAGCAAUGCAUGCUGGUCAUGAGCGUCAAAGCCAACGCUGUGGCCGCGUCGCACACGUUAGGCCGCAAGCCAUCGCAGUCUAAGCCGUCCUUAAGCCCCAAAGGUGCCGUUACAGGUACUUCUGGUUCCACUGGUACGAACUAUAACUCGUACUCACACACCUUACCACACGGACUCUCCUAUGCUUCCUCGGCAAGGACUCUUUCCCCGCGCAGAAGUGCCGCCGCCUUUGCCCACUCGCUCACCUUGCUUACAUCUGGCACUGCCACACUAUCUGUCGCCAACCGCCCGCCUCCGCCACCUCUCCCACCACCGCAACCGCCACCGCUAGCCAAUCAGCAGCAAGACCAAUCACCAGACACGCCCACCAACACACCUGCCGGCCCACCCUCUACCUCUCCGUCCACCUCCUCAUUGCCAUCGGUGCCCACUGCCACUCUCAUCACCACGGCCACCACUACCACCUCUUCCUCCUCCACCCUGCCUUCUGCUGCGCCGCCCGCUGUGCCCGCUCAGCGCUCCGCUGCCUGCGCUGCUCCACUGCCAGCCCGUGCCAGCCUGGUGGGCCUCAGCCGCCCGGCCCUGCAGCGCAUCGCCAUGGCCCAGUCGCGGGCUCUCAUCGCCUCAGGGGUGCCCACUGUGCCAGUGAAGAACCUGAACUGCUCCAGCCCAGUGCACCCAGCGCUGGCGGGCAUCACAGGUAUCCUGAUGAGCGCUGCUGCUCUGCCCGUCUGCCUUACACGCCCGCCCAAGCUGGUGCUGCACCCGCCGCCCGUCAGCAAGAGCGACAUCAAGCCCAUCCCUGGCCUCGGACACUGCUGCCGCAAGACCACCAAGAAGCAAGCUCGCAAGGGCAAGACUCCAGAAGAGGUUGUGAAGCGAUACCUCCAGAAGGUUCGAAACCCCCCUGAGGAGGACUGCACGAUCUGCAUGGAGGCUCUCGUGGGGCCCUCGGGCUACAAAGGCCCAGGGGUGGGUGGCAGCUCGCGGGGGGAGUCUGUGGGCCGGCUCGCCCAGUGUGGGCACCAGUACCACGUCCAGUGCCUGGUGGCCAUGUACAACAAUGGCAAUAAGGACGGCAGCUUGCAGUGCCCCACGUGCAAAACCAUUUACGGGGUGAAGACGGGAAACCAGCCGCCCGGGAAGAUGGAGUACCACGUCAUUCCCCACUCCCUUCCCGGACACCCUGACUGCAAGACCAUACGCAUCAUUUACAACAUCCCACCAGGCAUCCAGGGCCCUGAGCACCCAAAUCCAGGCAAAGCUUUCACCGCAAGAGGCUUCCCUCGUCAUUGCUAUCUUCCUGACAGUGAGAAGGGCCGCAAGGUGCUGAGACAGCUGCUGGUGGCGUGGGACCGGCGCCUCAUCUUCUCGGUCGGCACGUCCACCACCACGGGAGAGGCGGACACCGUCAUCUGGAACGAGGUGCACCACAAGACCGAGUUCGGCUCCAACCUCACCGGCCACGGCUACCCCGACCCUGGCUACCUGGACAAUGUUCUGGAGGAGCUGAAGGCUCAAGGCAUCACAGAAGAAGAGAUCUAACACUGACGAGAGGACUGGAAAAGAAAAGAGAGGACCAGAGGAGACGGCAGAACAGACGGCAGCAGAAAUGAAGAGAGAAGGAUCAGCGCGCCGCAUACCUGAUCGAUGCUUCACAUACUGGAUUAGAGAAGAUAUUAGUGUUUUGCUGGGAAAACUGUGAGGGCUGCAUGUGAAUGCUGAGGUAUUCCGAGGCAAGACAUCCCUUGCUGUAGUGAAAUGCAGAAUUUGACUUAUGGCUUAAUCUGGCAGUGAGGAGUUUAUCAACAGUACUCAAUGUGGUGCUCUCAAGUGCAGGUAGCAUUAACUAAAUCGUAGGCACAUACGGUACGUAAAGCAGUUGCAUAAAGGAGGUACUAAUUCUUUUAUUUACAUAUUUUAAUUACGUCAAUUAACAUACUGAUGCUAACCCAGAGAUGGCAGUAGAGAGUAUUUGGAUUGAGAGGGAAAGAAAAGAUGGUAAAAAGAUGAGAGGGACAGAGGAACGGACAAGGAAGGGAGGAGAGAGAGAGGGAGGAGAGGAGUGGAGUGGGACCGGAUGAGAAGGCAAUGGUAAGAGGAAGGAAAGAGAGAAGGUCAUAAUGAAUGUAGUUUCUAACCAAGGGGUAGAUUUUUUUUUUACUCUGCAAAACCCAAAACAUUGGGGUUUUUAGGUUAAAUGAUUGAAUGUGGGGCUUGCACUUGAGUAUGUAUGUACAACAUACAAUUGAUGGAAAAGCUGGUAUUCAGUACUUGCGUGUUGACUCUUUGGCACCCUCAUGUGCCCAAAGCACAUUCCAUGGUUAUUUGUCCAUGUAGAGAGGUACAUUUUAUUACAAAAACAUUGGUUCACUGUUGUUUAUGAUCAGGAACUGCUAUAGAUGUAUCAUGUACUGACUGAACUUACAUGUAUUACCUUUGUACAGGUUAUGUAUUAUUUUUUGUAUUUCUGAAUUUGUACUUACAUUCACAUCUCAUUGUGGCAGCACCCAGAUAUUGUGCCAUGAUAGAAACUCUUUUUUUCGUCAGUGUCACUUAAUAGGGGUGAAUAGUAUGAUGUGAAAAUAGCCAGGCUCUUCUUGAAGAGCUUUUGAGACUUAGGUACUGCUGCCCCUUAGGGGAACACAACACAGAUGCCAAGGACUAAAGAUUGAACAAGUUAUGGUGGCUGGUGUGGAGCAAACAGUGCAACAGGUUGGAAGGAUCAUUCAGGUCCAGAGAUCAAGGGGGUAGAGUUGGACCAAAAUAUAUUUCCCUAAAUUAUUUGGGGAAAUAAAACAAAAAAUGUGAAUGACACCGGUUUCCUUGUGGUCUAUAUCAAGGUCACAAUCAGUGUUUUCAUGUGAGUAAAGAAGCGGGCAUUAUAGUUAUUAUAUCACCCAUUAGGGUGAUUAUUCUGGUGCCAUUCUGUGCCAUUUUGCAAGGAUGCAUAACACAUAUCUCUGAUGUGAAGGCUGUGGGCCCCGUCCCUCCCUGUUUUGUGUUGCUCCCAUCACCCUGUUCCCUGUCCGGUCUCCUGAGUUGGGUCUAUGACCAUGCUCUUAUAUACAGUGACCUGAUGUACGGGCAAGAUUGAAUGUGAAGUGUGUGUGUGUGUGUGUGUGUGUGUGUGCGUGCGUGUGCGUGUGUUUGCAUAUUUCAGUAUGUGACCAUGCCUGAGUAAGCCCAUGCAUCGGCAGUAUGCAUGCAUUUAUACUUGAUAAUAUGUAUGAAUGUGUCUGUACACAGACUUUGUUAUAUGAGGUACAAAUAUGUGAAAGAGCUGUAUAAUGGUUUUCAUUGUAAGCUGUUUUGAUGAAUAAAUUGUAAUUUCUUUCACAAUGCUCUGUAGAACGCAAGUUUUGCAGUCACAAAUUUUUCAUGUCUUUUCUUUUCUUUACUUUUUUUUGUCCCUGUGUACAUGCAUUUGUGCCGACAUGGCACUAAGUGUUUGGGUUUCUUCAUUUUCUUUAUUAUUCAUUGAUGUGUACAGAAUUUCUGUAUGUAUGCAAGUGUCUUUUCUUUGUGAAAAGGAAUAUACUAAGGUAGACUUUUCUAAGUGUUAUGUAAAGUGCUGUUCUCCCCGGGGGACAACUGUGUCAUUGGACACCCCUGCAGAGACGCUUAAGAGCUCAAAUCUACAGAAGCCCAAAUCUGUUUUCCCCAUUAUUUUGAAUCACAUUCUUCCCACAGCAGUUCAGACCGUUGGACUCUUUCAUAGAGGAGUGGUUUGUUCAACAACAGAACAUUAAAUUGUUCAUUGUUCAUGUUCAUUAUGUGCUGGAUGAGAGGGGUUUGUAAACUCCAGAUGUUACUGAAAUGUGUAAGCGAAGCAAAAAAUAAACAAAUUGAUCAUUAUGAAAA